AUGAGUGAAACUUCAUGUUAUAUUCUUGAUAAUGGAGCUUAUACAGCUAAAGUAGGUUUAUCUACAAUGGAGCCGAAGAUCGUACCCAAUUGUAUUAUGAAAGCUAAAUCAGAACGCCGUCGACCAUUCAUAGCCUCACAGCUUGAUGAAUGUCGUGAUGCUUCGGGCUUAUUUUAUAUAUUACCAUUCCAAAAAGGAUUUCUUAUCAAUUGGGACACGCAAAAAACAAUAUGGGACUAUAUAUUUAGCAAAGAAUGUUGUCCAGUAAAUUUUAGUGAAACUCCAUUGAUUUUGACUGAGCCUUUGUUUAACUUUCAUUCAAUUCAAGAAGCAAUGACGGAAAUUUUUUUUGAGGAGUACGAAUGUCAGUCAUUAUUACGUAUUAAUGCAACAGAUUUGGCAGAAUAUCAUUAUAGAAAACUUCAUAAAAAUGAAGGUACCGUAGUUGUUGAUUCUGGUUACAGCUUUACUUACAUAGUGCCAUAUAUAAAUGGAAAAAAGUAUAAGGAAGGUAUUAGGCGCAUAGAUGUUGGAGGAAAAGUCUUAACUAACCAUUUAAAAGAGAUUUUAAGUUAUCGUCAGCUAAAUGUUAUGGAAGAGAGUUAUGUUAUUAAUCAGGCAAAGGAAGACUCCUGUUUUGUAUCACAUGAUUUCAUGGGAGAUAUGCAAAUAACUAGAAGAACAGGUUCUAGAAACACAAUAGUUAAGGACUAUGUUUUACCAGAUUACACCACAUUAAGGAGAGGAUAUCUUCGAGAUAUUGUUAGACCAAAUGAAGAUUUAGAACAACAAACAUUACGGAUGAACAAUGAACGAUUUAGCAUACCAGAACUAUUGUUUCAUCCAUCAGAUGUUGGAAUACCACAAAUGGGUAUACCAGAAGCAAUAAUUAAUAGUAUUGAUUCCUGUCCGGAAGGUAACAAGGAAAGUCUGUUGGAGAAUAUAAUAUUGUAUGGUGGUAAUGCUUUGUUUCCUGGUUUUCGUGAUAGAGUUUUUAAUGAAGUUCGUGCAUUAGCAUUAGACCACUUUGAUGUAAAUGUUAGUAUUGCUGAAAAUCCAAUUACCUAUGCCUGGGAAGGCGGAAAGUAUUUGUUUAAAGAUCCUGAGUUUUACUCAUUUUGUUUAACAAAAGAAGAAUAUGAAGAGGAAGGGAGGAAUUUGGCAUUUGAAAGGUUUGAUAUAUAG